AUGGCAGAGGCCAGUGAGGAUUGGGAACGAGAGGAUGAGCUUGAUUUGGGCCCGGAGGAUGACGAUUCCCAAAUUCCCGACCAUGACGCUCUCCACAAUCCCGGACCUUCCCAAGAGCCACUCGAAGAAUUGGACACAAUCGACACAAUAGAAGAGCAUGCGCAAGACCACGUAUCAGAGAAGACGGUCCAGGCCGUCACUGAUAGUCUGCCGCAAACUCCCCCAAACCGACACACCGAAUUCAAUGGAACACCUGGGAGCUUGGAUGAGACAGCUUCGACCCCAGAUGACUCUCCGUCGUUACAUGAUUCAGUAAUAUCGUCGCAGGGCAGCAGCUCAUUUCUCCCCCGAGGCUCCCCGCGAGUUAGUCCCAGCCCAGUCCAUCGUCCGUUCGACCUCCGCUUCCAAUCCCGGCUAUCAUCCUCACCUCUGAGUGGAUCGCGACCGGGCUCGCCAUAUCUGGCCCAUAUCCAUUCCCGGCAAUCAUCGCUCACGAGCCAACUAUCGCCACCACCGGAAUCCGAGCCAGAAUCGCCUCCGAACCCGUGGGAUGUGGUACGAUGGACAAAACUGCGAAAGAUUACGGGCCAGGCUUUUUCGGAGAUCGGGAGGCGCAAUUUCGGGCGACCAACCUGUCUGGCGGUGUCCACCAGCAUUGUGGUUGGUACCUCCAAAGGUAUCAUUCUUGUCUUUGACUACCAGCAAAGUUUGAAAACAAUUAUCGGAACAGGGACAAAAGCUGUGGAAUGUGGCCCAAUCACUUCCCUAGCGAUAUCUGCAGACCAUUCCACUGUUGCAGGUGGUCAUGGAUCUGGCGAUAUCUUCACGUGGGAGAUAUCCCGCUCCGCACGACCUUUUCUUCACAUCCCUCCAAUCCCAUUAGACCAAGUGGCGACUCGAACCUCUGAUGGACAUAUCUCAGGAUCUGCUGUCAUUCAUAUUGGAUUCCUAGGAACAAGGCGCACCGCGAUCGUGUCUGCAGAUACAAGUGGAAUGGCAUUCUCCCAUUUGGCAACACGCGGGAUGGGAGCUGUUGCGAGAACAGUCAAAACAACUCGAAUUCUUGGCCGAUACCCUCCCACUGCUAUGGAGGAAGCACGUCCACGGAAACCCAGCUCAGUCUUGGCAUUUUCUCCUCUUCCCUUGGGAAAUGUAGAGCAGCCGUCCGACUCAUUAGGCCUGGUUGCCAUGUUGACACCCUAUCUACUGGUCAUUGUAUCUACCACACCUGUCGCGCAGACCCAACACAAAGCGCCGAGACCAAAGGAAGUUCCGGCUCAUAGCGCCAUGACUGGCGCUCUUGCUUGGUUCCCAGCAAUCCGACUUAAAGGAAAAGACAGCCAAACUUCCAAUACCAAGCUGGCUUAUUGCUGGUCGAAUGUGUUGACUGUGCUGGAAGUGACUGAAGCAGAAACAGACGAGCCUGUGGACAGAUCCAAGCCGCCAAGCCUGGUUUUCAACGCGCGCAGCAGAUGGAAGGCGGAUGAGCCAAUCGUGGCAGUGCAAUGGCUCAGUCGCUCGGUCCUUGCGGUCCUCACCAUCACUCAGCAACUCCUUAUCCUUGAAGAUUACCCUAUGCAUGUAACAGACUCCAUCGAUCUUGUGAGUCGACAUGUCUACCAUGCGGAUUUGUUUUCAACCCGGCUUCAUGCUUUGGUCGAGCAGUUGGACGAUGAGGAUAGUUCGAUGCAUGGCGUAGUGGCAGAUGCAUUCUAUAUGAGCUUCCGUGCCUACAAAGGACGGCUGUUUCUGCUUGGGUAUAAUGAAGCUCUGGUUGGCAGUCUUUCGAACUGGGCUGAUCGGCUGCUGGCUCUAAUGGAAGCGGGUGAUUUCAUUGGUGCUAUUCGACUAGCCACGUCCUUCUAUACAGGCGCUUCAGAUAAGUUAACAGUCGGUCUGCCCGAAGAGGAUUCUUUAAGACAACCGAUUGUUCAAGAGAAGCUACUAGAGAUGAUUUCCGCUUCCCUCAAGUAUGCAUUUGGUCGCAAUGCCGAGGCUGAUACCGGGAGACUGGAAAACCAGCAGCUGGAAGAAUUGGCUGAUGUUUCGAUUACGGCGUGUGUUUACAUGGCAGAUUAUGACUUUCUCUGGGAGGAAAUCUUCGCUUGGUUUGAGGAGAACGACUCAGCAGGAAUUUUUUUGGACGUUCUUGAACCACGCAUCAUCGACGGGACGACUCGUUCGCUUCCUCCGACUGCGGUGAAAGCCUUGAUUAACCACUUUGUUGUCACUCACUCGCCUGGCCGUCUGGAAGAGAUUAUCUGCCUCCUUGACACCAUUUCGAUGGACAUUGACCAAGUCACGACGCUUUGCAAGCAACACAAUUUGUACGAUGCGUAUAUAUACGUUUGGAACCGAUGUUUACAAGACUACGUGGGUCCCCUGGAGGAGCUUCUACGAAUGAUUCCACUCCAGCCCGAAACUCUUGUCAACGGAGAUCACGCCAACGAAGUGACCCGGCAUACGAAUGCAAUGAAAAUAUUUCCCUACCUGUCCUUCGCCUUGACAGCUCGCAUCUACCCAACCGGGGACGAGAUGGAGGAAACCGAAGCUUUUCGUGCAAAGACCUCCUUGUAUCAAUAUCUUUUCUCAGGCCAACUGUCUGGCACAGUGCCAAGCAAUGAUUCUGACAGUGCUGACUCAUUCUCUUCGCUGAGAGCCAUGCUGAAGUAUGAUGCAUCAAGUUUCAUGAGCAUGUUUAACGAAGCAUUUGAAGACAGUUUCCUGAACGAGCCAGAGUCCGAAGAGGCUCUUACCUCAGGUGCGUCGAUUAAUCGACAAUACCUUAUUAGUAUUUUGCUUCAAGUUAUGGAUGCAUCGUCCUUUUCUCCUUCUGAUACCAUUUACUUGGACAUGUUUGUUGCGCGCAAUCUUCCCAAAUACCCGCAGUAUAUUCUUCUUUCGGGCACGACUCUUCAUCAAGUUCUCGUCCGACUGUGCCAGUAUCCCGAGUCGGACAUGGCCGAGGACUGCGAGCUGAGUGCGGAGUAUCUGCUCUCUUUCUAUCAUCCACCAGACGUUCAGAGCAUGGUGCCCUUGUUCAAGGCAGCUCGUUUUCACCGCAUCCUCAAAUCGACUUACCGCUCAGAGAAGCAGUAUCCAGAAUGGAUAUUAGCGCAUCUCAAUGAUCCAAACAACAAAGAAUCCAUUUUUACUUCCUUACAUGACUGUCUACGUUCAGGCUCUUCCCUUGGAAAGAAGCAACGAAAUGAUGUGAUACAAGUGGUGAAAGAACAUGCCAUCGAGAUCGCCGACAUCGAUGUCAAACAAACGGCACAGACAAUGCAAGAUCUGGCUCCUGAGACACACUCUACGUUUCUACAAGCUCUGGAGCAGAAUACACACAAUCAGUACCAGUAUCUUCUGGUGCUCGUCGAGCCCUCUGCUUCUGCCCAAAGCGGAGCAACUCGAGCUCCACCCCCUGUUGACAAUUGGAUGAUCGAGCGCUAUGUGCAGCUUCUAUGCAAGUACAACCCAUCCCAUAUCGCAGACUUUGUCGAUGGGUUACGCGUCGGCGAUUUACAUCUCGAUCAGUUGCUCCCAGCCAUCGAAGAGAGUGGGGCGAUCGAUGCUGCGGUGAUUUUACUGGCACGACAGGGCCAACUCCGAGAGGCUCUGAAUCGUCUAGUCGCUCACCUAAGUACACUCGAGUCUGGGUUGGUUGGGAUCCUCCAGAGCAUAGGCGAGGCUCCAGAUUCAUCCAGUGCGACCGAGGCCAUUGACGACCUCUUGGAAUCGCUAAAAAAGUACUCUGACGUUGGAACGUGGCUCUGCCAAGGCCAAACCAAAACUGCUUUGCAGUCCAGACCGAGCACUAACGGCCAGCGCGGUGUGCCUCCGCUUGAGCAACCACUGACCUUUGACGAGGUUCUCUGGCUUGAUCUCAUCGAGGCCGUGGUUCGGAUCGCUAGCAAUGUCUUCACCGUGAUGAGGGAGCACCACAUUGAGGAAUCGAAGCAAUCCCAAUUCAUCGCUGUUCCAAUCGGCAAGAAUGUGGGGCCGUUGACAAUCGCCUUCCGAACUUUGGUCCAGCAGGUAUUUACCUCCUUGCUGGCCAGCACCGUGAAAAGUGGUGGCGGAUCAAGUAGUGAACGUACUGAUAUGUCCUUCCUCCGUAUCCUUCGCGCAUUUCUUGCCCAAGCAGCUCGCUGGUCACCAUCGCUGCUUGAGCUGCGCGCGGUGCUUGCGUCCGUCUUUUCAGCGUAUUCGUACGAGAAGUCCCUGUUGACUCUCGCCAACGGUAUGUUGGACCGCGACUUGUUCGUGCAUGUGGAUGAGGUCACUCGCCUUCGACAGCAAGGAUGGCGUCCCCGCGGGCAGGUCUGUGAGAUCUGUCGUCGUCGGAUCUGGGGUCCCAGUGUUGGCUCGUCGCACUGGACAUCCUGGCAGACAAAACAGGCAGACGACCACCAACGUCGUAUCACUAAGCGUGUUGAAGAAGGUUCUGACCCGGCGACGGAGCGGGGUAAAGGGAAGGCUGCUGCAGGUCAGCCGGUUGUGGCUCAUGGCCCCCAUCAUGUCGACCCCGGCCCCAAUCACGAGCAUGGGCACGAGUCUGAUGCAGGGGCAGAGGAAAGGGGUGGUCCGGGGUUAGAUGGGCCGCCCGAGCCGAUUGUAGUAUUUUCUUGUCGACACCUCUAUCACCGACAGUGCGUUUUAGACGCAAUACCUAUCCACGGCCCCAUCGAUAGACCUCAAUAUCGGCAUGACCGUGCCGACUGGUCUGGAGCCGACUUGUUCUGUUUGGCUUGUACAUAG